AUGGACUUUGGUGGCAAGAUAGAGGCGCAGGACAGCCAUACACCUGCUCUCACCGCCGCUAGGGAGUACGUGGAGGAGCUUGAAGCUGGCUGCGAGAAGCUGGAGGGUGCCACGUGGCUGAAACGAGUUGCUGAUGUGGCAGCAGCUCUGGACCAAUCAGGGCGUUCUAUUGCAAGGCCAGCAAAUGGCGUGACUAAAAGUAGUGCAGCUUGUCACCCCGACGCAGCUGAAACAGUAGCAACAGCUCCAACUGCUGCUCAGCUAAGCAGCAGGUGGGUGGAGGCAUCAGCUGUGGUGGAUCAUCUCUUAAUCAACGUAUGGGAGGAUUUCUGGCGUGUCGGGAGUGUUGCCGGUGCGGGGGAAGACCUAACGCGGGUGGCGCGCGCGGGUGGCGCGCGCGAAGAGCUAGCGCGGGUGGCGCGCAAGGUCGUGGCGUCCGUCCCCGCUGCCGCUUCUCCGCGCUCUCGCCAUGAUUCCCCGCCGAGCGCGACGGAGCGAGAGGAGGCCGAUUCAGACCUGUACGGCGUGGAUGCAUCGGCCGCUACUGAUAAUGCUUACGGUAGACAUGGCGACAGCGAGGAAUGUUUUAUCGGGGAUGAGGAUUCUCCCCAUUAUGUGGGAACAGGGGACUGGAAAGCAGACGGGCCGGGACUAUCGGCGGAGGAAGAGGAAAAUCUGAGAGGCGGCGGUUACGGCGGCGGGGAGGAGGGGAGUGAGCGCGGCGGAGUGGCGGAAGGCGAGGGGGACUUGUACGGUGACGAGGAGGACGCGGAGGAGGAUGCGGAGGACACGGAGGGCAUGGAGCAGAAUGACGAGGCGGAUAUUAACGAGGAUAUAUAUGGCGGUGGCGGCAGCGACGGGGAGGGGGAAUUGAGCGCGGCGGAGCGGGAAGAGGGGGCGGCGGGGGAGGGAGUAAGCGGGGAGGAGGAGGGCGAGGGGGAGGAUUUGUACGGUGAGUGCGGCGAUAGUGACGCGGGGGAGGGGGAGGAACACGCGUGGGGAGAGGAUUGGGGCGGUGACGCGGGCGACGAGCGGGGAUUGGAUGAGGGGGAUGCGGAAGAGCGCGGAGAGGGAGGGGAGGAAGGGGCAGGGGUGGGCGGAGAUGGGGACGUGUAUGGGGGGUGGGGAGAGGAAAUGCACAUGCAGCAGGGCGCGUGGGGGUCCGAGGAGGGACGGCUGUGGGAGGAGGUGGGCGAGGGGGACGAGGAGGAGGGAGGUCACAGUGAGAGGGAGAAGGAGCAGGAACGAGGGCGGGAAGCAGGGAGUGCAGGGGAUGGGAGUGCGUUCGUGACUUCGCCUCCACGCACCUUAGAGCCGCCGUGUGCGGAGGAUGCCCCCUGCUUGAGCACGCUCUAUCAGCAGCUGUGCCACGUGGAAGAACGCGCAGCCGAGGAGUACCCUGGCUCUGAGGAUCUGUACGAAGCCACGUCAGCACACGCCAGUGACACGUCAGCACUGGACGAGGCAGCAGCGGGCAGAGAAGGCACGGCGGCAGCAGAGGGCAGCCACAGAGUGGCGCGCCAUGGCGGUCUGCCCCAUCCUAGCCUGUCUCAUCCCCCCCUCGCUCAUGCUGCCGCCCUGCCGCAUGCUGCCCUGCCACAUGCCGCCCUGCAGGGUUUCCGCCAGCGGGUGCGCCUCUCACUGGACGUGGAGGUCGAUGCUGACUCAUCCUACCUCGCCGAUGACGUCAGCGGUGACGACUUCGGCUUCACUAGCGAGGAUGCUAGUAGCGAGGUGCACGGGGGGGAGAGGGGCGUGCCGGGCGGCGCAGCAGCAGUGGCGCGCUACCUGGCGGAAUGUGCUGCUGAGGGCGCUGAUGGGGGCGACAGUGGGGGAAGAGGCGUGGUGGAGGGGCAAAUCGCAUGUGGCAGUCCCGAAUUGCACCCGGCAUUUGAUGGCGCUGGUGCUGGUUUUGACGGUGGCUUUGAUCAUGCUGCUGCUGCUGGUGACAGCACCUGUGACAUCUACGUGCAUGUGCAGCGCACACAGGAGAGUGAGUGCGAGUCCGGGGAGGAGCUAUUCAGCCACACGCUCAGCGGCAGCAGGGGCAACAGCGGUGGAGAAGAGGCGCGGGCAGCAGGAGCAGUGGGCGCAACAGAAGGGGUGCACAUGGCGAUGCAUGGCGGCGGGGCGAGUGGCUUGGCAGGGCCCGCUGGUGUGGCGAGUGGCACGUGGCAUGUGGGGCUGAGCCCGCUGGGAGGUGCAGGCCGGCAGCACGGCGAGGCGGUGGGAGUGGGUUUCAGUGACCAGGCACAGGGCGUGGGAGUGAGGCAGCAUGACGAUGGGGCAGCAGGCUUGGUUGCAGCACAACUGGCAGCAAGAAAAGCAGCAGCAGUGGCAACAGCAGCAGCAGCAGCAGCAGCAGUGGAAGCAGCAACAGCAGCAGCAGCAGCAACAGCAACAGCAGCAGCAGUGGCAGCAGCAACAACAGCAGCAACAGCAGCAGCAACAGCAGCAGCAACAGCAGCAGGUAGAGGUUCAGCAGCAGCAGAAGCAGGCAGCACAAUUGCACCACAAGCCCAGUUCCAUCCCAGCAACUCCCCAACCGGUGCGUUUGCACAUGCUAUAAGCACGGUAGCAGCAGCUCGUCUGGCCCGCACCACCUCCAUGCAACCUUCUGCCCCCCCCUACUCUGCUGCUGCUGCCACCUCUCCGUAUUCCACCACUGCUGCUGCCGCUAUUUCUCCCUUUUCGGCUGUUGCUAUUGCAGCUGGGGCAGUGCAGGGUGGUGCACCCCAAGGCAAGCAAGUGCCCGGCCUCUCUCCCACGGGGGCCUUUGCUCGCUCAGUGAGCAUGGGGGCAGCAACGCACGCGGUGCCGGCAGCAGGCAGAGGUGGGGGUCUGGCCAUGCGGGGUCUGCAGGUGGAGCUGCCGGGGAAUGGGGGUAGAGGUGGCGGCAGGAACACGAGCAGCAGCAAAAGCACAGGUGGCACUGGUAAGAAGGUGGGCGCUCAUCUGACUGGCGCUGCUGGUGCUGCUGCUGGUGCUGGUGGUGCUGGUGCUGCAGAGAUGGGGAGCAAGGGUGCACUGAGCAAGUCCCCCUCUUGCGCUCGCCUGGCCUCGUCCCUCUCCCCGCCCUCUCGCCGCAUGAAUGAGCUCCUCUCCUCCUCCACCCGGCCACGAGUCCCAGUAAAGACACCCAAGGGUGAGAAGGGGGGUGGCAGAGGGAGUGGCAAGGGUGGGCUUGGUCAGGGUGGGGGUGGCAGAGGGAAGGGUGGGGGACGGGAAGGUGCUGGUGGGGCAGGCUACACCACAGGGAGGUUGCUGCAGGCAGAGCAACAGAGGAAGAGGCAGCAGCAGCAGCAGAAGCUGCAGCAGCAGCAGAAGCUGCAGCAGCUGCUGGUGAAGGAAACUCCGAACAAUGCCGCCCGAGCCAACUCCAACAGUGCUACAGCAAGCAGCAGCAGCAGCGGCGGCGGCGGCGGCACUGCUGCGUACAAUCGGUCUGCUUCUCUCGCACGCAGCACCUCCAAGCUCAUGCGAACAGCCUCUGCAGUGGGCGCACAGGAGAAGGCGGGGAAGAGUGGUGGCAGUGGUGCUGGUGCUGGCGAGGGGACUGGAAGAGGGGCUGGAGCACUUGCUAGGAGUAACAGCACCGUUGCUGCAGCAGCUCUCGCCAGGAGUAGCAGUACUGUCGCUGCAGGAGCAGCGGCAGCAGGAGUGGAGGCAGGUGCAUCUAGAGCAGGGCUGCAGCGCACCAAGAGUGGAAACAAACUCAAGGCGGCAGCGGGGAAAAGCAGCGCUGCCAAGUCCCCUGUGCUGCCUGCAAGGGCAGCACAAAGGGUGUAUGUCGGCAAGUAG